AUGUCUAUACCGGAGCGGGAUGAAACAAAUACUCAGGUAAACCGGUUAGACCGUUGGCGUCGCGUUCAACAAUUCUCACAAAUUUUGUGGAAACGUUGGAGUCGAGAGUAUUUGCAUCAAUUGCAAGAGAGGUCAAGAUGGGCUAGUGAAAAGGGACCCAAAGUGGAUAUCGGCAGUGUAGUUUUAAUUAGUGAAGAUAAUCUGCCACCCUUACGGUGGAAAAUCGGACGAGUGAGAGAGGUGACACGGGGAAGUGACAACAUCAUUCGUACCGCGGUAGUAAAAACGGUUGAUGGCGAGUUAACCCGGGCAGUGCGUAAGCUGUGUCCACUACCAUUCGAAGGCAAUGAUGGUUAA